UGUUAGUUUUUGUAGUCCAGGGAAGCAUUUGAUUGUUACACACAGUGUCCAGCAUGUUUCCGUCAAUGACCCUGGUGUGUGCUCGGUUUUCAAACCGACUAAAAGCAGCAGCGUGGCGGUGUGUGUCCGCUCCGCGGAGGUGUCUGCGCGCCUCCUCCUGCCGGAUGAAGAGCACUCCGUGCCGGCUGAAGGGGAGGAGCACCGCGGAGCAGCGCUGGCUCCUGCGGCAGCACAACGAUCCGUACGUCAAAGCGGCUCAGCUCCAGAAUUUCCGCUGCAGAAGCGCCUUCAAGUUACUGCAGAUCGACGAUCGGUUCAGGCUGCUGCAGCCCGGACAUCGCGUGCUGGACUGCGGCGCCGCUCCGGGAGCCUGGAGCCAGGUGGCCGUGCAGAGGGUCAACUCAGCCGGCACAGAUCAGGAAUCGCCACGUGGCACCGUCAUCGGCGUGGAUCUGCUCCACAUCGCGCCUCUGGACGGGGCCCACUUCCUGUCCUGUUACGAUGUCACUGACCCGGCUACACACGCCAAGCUCACAGAACUGCUGCCCGGCGCCCAAGCUGACGUCAUCCUGAGCGACAUGGCGCCCAACGCCAGCGGUUUCCACGAGAUGGACCACGAGAAACUUGUCACUAUGUGUUUGGCUUUGAUGGACUUGGCGGAGAAGGUUUUACGGCCGGGAGGCUCUCUGGUUUGUAAAUGCUGGGACGGGAUCCUCGCUCCCAAACUCCAGCAGAAGCUGUCCGCCGUCUUCAGAAGCGUUACGCCGUUUAAACCAGACGCCAGCAGAAAGGACUCAGCCGAGCGGUUUUUCCUCGCUAAAAUGUACAGGAAGGCGUUAAAGUGACCAGAAAUAACAAAGGUGCUGCUUUUGACCAGACACAAAGUCCCUCUGAAGAGCCACAAGCUGCUCACAUGGUGGUAAUAAGACUGACCAGAAGGUGGCGCUCUUGAGGCAUCUCUCAACAGCUGCAUUCUGGAAGCACAGAUACAGAAAACUGCAUGUUUGGAGGUGUGUGUGUGUGUUGUGUCUGUGGAUUAUUUAAAAAAAUAACAGUAAAUUAUAAACUUCACAGCACAGGCUCAAAAAUAUGUAAACAUAUGCGUGAAUCAUCAGCGGUAGUCCUCAUGAGGCCGCCGCUGUGGUGCUUCCUGUGAAGUCAUUGUUUGGCCCACAGUGUUUGUUCUACAGAGUCAGUGUGGUAUUUGCUUUGUUGCACAAAGUCAUUUACCAAUGCUGCUUCUGCCUGAUAAUUUGCACUGCCAGCCAUGUAGAAAUGUGUAAUCAUUCUCACACCCAAAGCUCACGAGCAGAAAGCUAAACGCGUAAGCGUCGCGCACAGCAUGUCUAAUGAAAAGAGGAAUGAAAGUGAGGAUGAGCGCAGUCAGAGUGCAGCCGCGUUCACUUCCUGGCAGCUGUGAGAUGUUUAUUUGCAGC